CCUUGCUCACUGCGGAAGUUCCUCUUCUUUACCCUGCACCCGGAGCCUAGGCAGAGAGGACAAGGACUGAAGAACCAUGAGUGGGGGCCCUGUGGGAGGCAGGCCUGGGUCCCGAGCAGGAGCGGCUCAGAACAUUCCUUCCAGCCUCCUGCAGGACCAUGAGAACCAGCGCCUCUUUGAGAUGCUCGGCCGGAAAUGCUUGACACUGGCCACUGCAGUUGUUCAGCUGUACCUGGCGCUGCCCCCUGGAGCCCAGCACUGGACCAUGGAACACUGUGGGGCCGUGUGCUUUGUGAAGGACAACCCACAAAAGUCCUACUUCAUCCGUCUUUAUGGCCUUCAGGCUGGCCGGCUCCUCUGGGAACAGGAGCUGUAUUCACAGCUGGUCUACUUGGCUCCCACGAGCUUCUUCCAUACCUUCGCGGGAGAUGACUGCCAGGUGGGGCUGAACUUUGCUGACGAGGGCGAGGCCCAGGCCUUCCAGGCCCUGGUGCAGGAGAAGAUACAAAAAAGGAAUCAGAGGCAAAGUGGAGUCACAGAUAGACGCCAGCUACCACCACCACCACCACCAGGCAAUGAAGAGAGAAGAGGAGGGCUCCCACCUCUGCCCUCACAUCCAAGCGGGGACCAAGGGGGCCCAUCAGCUGGCUCCGUGUCCUUGGGGCUACUCACAGUGGACAUCCACAACCCUGACAUCACAAGUUCACGAUAUCGUGGGCUCCCAGCACCCAGUCCUAGCCCAGCUGAUAAGAAACGCUCAGGGAAGAAGAAGAUCAGCAAGGCGGACAUUGGUGCACCCAAGGAUUUCAAACAUGUCAGUCACGUGGGCUGGGACCCCCAGAAUGGAUUUGACGUGAACAAUCUAGACCCAGAUCUUCGGAGCCUCUUCUCCAGGGCGGGAAUCAGCGAGGCCCAGCUCACAGAUGCAGAGACUUCCAAACUCAUCUAUGACUUCAUAGAGGACCAGGGCGGACUGGAGGCAGUGCGGCAAGAGAUGAGGCGGCAGGAGCCACUUCCACCACCCCCACCGCCAUGCCGAGGAGGGAACCAGCCCACCCGGCCCCCUGUUGUGGGGGGUAACAAGGGUCGUUCUGGUCCACUGCCCCCUGUACCUUUGGGGGCUGCCCCACCGCCACCGACUCCCCGGGGACCGCCUCCCCCAGGCCGAGGUGGCCCUCCACCACCACCCCCUCCUGCCACUGGACGUUCUGGCCAACCUCCCCCACCACUCUCUGGAGCUGGGGGGCCACCCGUGCCACCUCCACCGCCAGCACCACCACUGCCACCAACCAGCACCGGGGGCGGGCCAGUUCCUCCCCCACCCCCUCCCACUCUAGGGUCUGGGGGAGGCCUGGCCCCUGGUGGGGGUCGGGGGGCACUUUUGGAUCAAAUCCGGCAGGGAAUUCAGCUGAACAAGACGCUCGGAGCCAUGGAGAGUGCAGCUGUACAGCCCCCACCACAGAGCUCAGAUGGUCUGGUGGGCGCGCUCAUGCACGUGAUGCAGAAGAGAAGCCGUGUCAUCCACUCCUCAGACGAAGGAGAGGACCAGGCUGGAGAUGAUGAUGAAGAUGACGAAUGGGACGACUGAGCUACACCUGGGCCCCUCCCCUCAGGCCAGUGGCUCUCACUGUGCCUGCUCCGCUCCUACCCCUGCCUCAGGCUGAAGUCCACUGCAGCUUCCAGGCCCCACCUCCAGUGCUGUCACUUGCAACUGUGCCCCAUACUCAACCCUAGCAUUCCUGGGGGCCCUUUUUAAACAACAUUUCCUAGUUCUCUUCAUGCAAGGAUUUUAAGACAAAAAUAAAAUAAUUGUCCUUUA